UGUGGCCCCCAGGUCGCGCUCGGGUCACAGAGAAACAGAACGGCUGGAAUCCUUUCGCGCCAGGCUCGGACACUUAGCCCGCUGGAGUCGCUCUUUAUCAACCGAGAUGCGUACCUCGCCAGUCCUCCCGGGCCGGAAGGCCCCCCAAGCAGGGGAGGGUGGCUGCUGACGGAAACCGCCUGGUCUUUCACCUGACAGGUUGCCUCGAGGUUCCUGUGACUUAGAUCCUAAUUCAGAGAUGGAAGUACCAGGCUCAUCUUCCACCAUCUCUGAGGACCAGACUCGGAGGCAAGAGGGGCUGAGCGACACUAGAACAGACUCAGUCAAGCAGAGUCUCAUCUCAUCUGAGGAGUGGCUUCAACUGCAUGGGCUUAAGAGCAACAAAUUGACCUUGAAACAGAUUUUGUCACAGAUUGGAUUCCCACAUUGUGAAGAUUAUGUGAUGUCUCUGGGGAGACUUGUGGCUUCCCGGUAUGCAAACGGCCUGUUUCCACAGAUCUACACGACAGAAGAUGGCAGAGUGUACAAUCUGACAGCCAAAUCAGAACUGAUCUCUCAGUAUAUGGAACAUUUAACACAAGCUGUGGAGAGCUACAAGCAGCGGAUGGACUGGCUCACCAGCAACAGCCGGCAGAUCUUUGGUGUCAUCUUGGAGCAGUGCAUCACCAUAGUGCUGGAUUUUGGUGGCAUGCUGGAGGAGGAGCUUAAUCUGUGCCGAGAUGCUCUAACCAUGGUCCUCCAGGAGCAAGUGGCUUACAUAGCCAAGUUCAAUGUCAUACGGGUUUCUCAAGAGCCUGUGAAAUGGCAGGAAAACGCUGUUCCUGUGACAGCACCAUCCAUAGCCGCUGCCAUCAGCUGGGUUGAGAAGUUGCCUUUUGAGCUGGCUUCAAGUCACACUAGCCGCCUGGAUGCUCUGCUGGAGGCGGGAAAAGAUGAAGUGAUUGAAUCCAUUUACUACUUUGUGGUGGGAGACGUUCCCGAGGAAUCCAAGGAGCUUCUCCUUCAGCAGGCUUUGGAGAUCCCCUGUCCUGUCUGCACGGUGUCCUUCAAUGCCAGAGGACAGGGCACCAUAGCCUUCCUGAAGGAUUUGAGUGCCAAGACCUUCAGCAGAUUCCAUGCAUUUGCAGAGAGAACAGAGUGUGUAGAAUUUCCUGCCUUUCCCAUUAAGGAUGGUGACAGUGUGAUUACUUGGAAUUCAAGGAAACUGAAAGGAAAACUCCCUCCAGGAGCUGGGGUCAGAGAAGAUGUGUUUCUCAUCUGGAGGGAGAUGGAGGAAGCUGGCAGCACAUUGGCCCAGAUCCAGAGGCUGGUGGCCGAGACUCCCAAGACCAGUGUGGCCACAACAGACCAUGGAGCACAUGAGUCAAAUCCAGAGGACACCUGGGACUCAGAGAAGUGGCUUCAGAAAUAUGGUUUGAAAGCCCAGAAGCUGUCGUUUUACAAUGUCAUUGCUGACUGCUCCUUCCGCCACGCUGAUGGAGUUGUUGAUAUAAAAGCCAAACCAGAGAACGAGUCGGUACAGACCAGUGCGGAGACCAACAAGAAGACAGUCCAUGCGAAAUACUGCAGCAGAUUCGUCCAUGCUCCCUGGAAGGAUGGGAGCUUGGUCCAUGUCUGCAUCACCAAGGAGAAGUACAUGUGGUUCAGUGAAAGAGUUCACGCAGUCCUGGCCCAGAUCCAGAGGAGGAUUAAAUGGCUACAGGAUGGGAGUCGAGGCCUCUUUGGAAAAGUGCCUAGUGAUUGUGUCUACAUCCUCAUCGACACGUCUCACUCAAUGAAGGGGAAACUGGACCUGGUGAAGAGCAAGGUCAUCCAGCUCAUACAGGAACAGUUGAAACAUAAAAGGAAAUUCAAUUUUGUGCAGUUUGAUGCUCAAGCCAGUGCUUGGCAGGAAAAACUUGUUGAAAUCAAUGAGGAGAAUCUGAAAGGGGCCCAGGCCUGGAUUAGAGACAUCAAGAUUGGAAGUUCCACAAACACCCUGAGUGCCCUGCAAAUUGCUUUUGCUGAUGAGGAAACACAAGUAAUCUACCUUUUGACAGAUGGGAGACCUGAUCAGUCACCUGAAAUGGUUAUGGACCAGGUCAAAGUUUUUCAGAAAAUUCCUAUUUACACCAUCUCCUUUUGUUACAAUGAUGAGAAUGCAAAUGGAUUUUUGAAAGACCUUGCUUCUUUGACUGGAGGAGAGUUUCAUUCUUAUAAUUUUGGCUGCAAGGAUCCCUAUACUCCAGAGGCUGUUCAGGAUGAAGAUCUGACUCUUUUAAUUAAGGAAAUGGAGCAAGGACACAAUGACCUAGAGAAGGUGCAAGACCUUUACUCAGAGUCAUUGGUCAUGGACUGGUGGUACAAUGCAGAAAAGGAUGGAGACAAGCAUCAAAAAGAGAUUUGUUCCAUGGUUUCAACCCCAGGAAAAUGUGCAAAACCUCACGCUGAUGUCAAAUCAUCACGAAUGCCAGAGGACCCAUCAAGUCAAAAGAUUCAGGGAAAGAAAUUGCUCCACGCAGAACCAACCAAAACCAGCCUUCUCAGAAGCCAGCUGUCCACCCUCAAGAGCUCAGCCUGCAGUGAGAGGAGGGACAGGAUUUCCAAUUCUAGCAGCAGGAACAUGCCAAGUGACAGGGAAAUGGGCAUCCUGCUGACAAAUGAGUUUCCAGAUGACAAGUCAUUAGAAAGAUUGACUCGAGAAGGAAGCCAAGUUUAUGACCAAGAUUCUGCAGGAAUGUCUUCAGCAUCCUGGCUCAAGAUCCACGGCUUGGCGGCCAAGAAGCUCACCAUCAUGGAUGCUUUGUCCAUGGCUGCCAUUCCCCACAGCUCCACCUACGUCCCUGUUCUGGACAAGCACGUUGUUUCCAAAGUCUUUGAUGAGGUGUUCCCUCUGGCACAUGUGUGCAAUGACACAAAUAAGAUGACUUUAAUUAACCCCCAAGGAGUGAAGCUCAAUAUCUACAAGCAAAAAGUGGAACAGGCAAUUAAGUCCUAUGAAAAGCGCUUGAAUAAAAUUGUUUGGCGAGCAUUAUCUCCAGAGGAAAAAAAAAAGUUAGAUGCAAACAAACCAAUGCAGUACUUAGAAAAUAAGGCAGCUUUGAACGAGGCGUUAGAAAGGUUGAAUUGGCCCAUUUCGUUGAAGGAGCUGUCCAUGCUGGAGAAUGAAAUCCUAGCUGGGAAAAUGUAUGUACAGCAGGCCAUGGAGCUCCAAGAGGCUAUCAAGAAGGAGAAUUAUGUAAGCAAAGCACUCGAAGAGGUUGACACAGAGCCCCUGUUUGAGUUUCCUGAGCCAUACAGCAAAUUCCCCUUGGCCAUCUAUUUUGCACAUGAUAAUCAACAGAAAAUUCAAGGAACUCCAACAAAGAAAAGCAAAUCAAAAAAAUUGGAUCCACUCAAAGGCCAGAAGGUUAUUGCAAGAUGUGAUGAAAAUGGCUUUUAUUUUCCCGGAGUUGUGAAGAGGUGUGUGAGCCCCACCCAUGCACUCGUGGGCUUCAGGUAUGGAGACACCAAGGUUGUGCCCAUCUCGUUCAUCACACCGGUGGGCGGCGCCAUGCCCUGCCCACUGCUCCAGGUUGGAGAUUAUGUGUUUGCCAAAAUUGUGAUCCCCAAAGGAUUUGACUUCUAUGUCCCCGCCAUUGUUAUUGCACUUCCAAAUCAAGAUAUGGCUGAAGAUAAAUUCUACACAGUUUUAAAGUGUAACAACCGGAGAGAAUUUUGCCCUCGGAGUGCACUCAUUAAGAUCAGCCAAAACAAAUAUGCUCUCUCUUGCUCUCAUAUUAAGUCACCCCCAAUUCAGGAGGAUUCAAAAGUAGAAGACAUGGACACAAAGAACUCUACUCUCCUAGUGUGGCCAAUCAAAGAAGUUAACACAGGGGAUUUACAAGCUACAAGACAGGAGAACCCUAGAAGGAAGAAAAAGAAAGCCAGCAAAAGGCUACCUCUCCAGGAGGUGGUCUCCUCAGACUCAGAUGACGCUUCCCGUGGCAACAGGUCCCGAGACUCCCACCCUAAGAGACGCCCUAAGCCCAAGCUGGGAGGGGGACAUCAUGUCUCCCAGGAGCACCCUGAAGUCUCUCUCAAGGAUAGUGCAUGUGAGCUCACACCCCAGUUUCCGGGUCAGUUUAGGCCCCAGCACAGCAAAAACUCAAACACCCUUAAGUAAUGCUGACAUCACUUCCCCAGAGAAUGUCCUCAGCCUGGGGUCUAGCAGUCAACCAGCCAUGCCAUCGCUGCCACACCCACACCUGGAAAAGCCCCACCCUGCCCUCAUCAAGCGACCCACAGCCGGGAUCUGAAUAGCACCACUGAGAAACCUGAAAGCAGUCUAGCACCAUCCAUGUUUGCGAGAACCAGUGUUCCUUCAGGGCUGCUCUCAGCCACCCGACACUGUGGAACUAGCCCCUCUGCUGAGGUAAGGCCGAGCGCCAUUCUAUCCUCGCCUUCCCUGGCUUAACAAAGGUAGUCAUCCUUGCCACCCUCUACCUGGAUCUAGUUGAGCCUAUUGAUCUGACUUUUCUGGGGCAUUCUUCAUCCUAUUAUUUCCCCUGUCCUCAAAAACUGAUAAAAUACCAUCUUCCAUAGACACACACACCCAGAAGUUUAAUCUGACAGAUUACCCUCAUAGGAUUUUCAAGGUUUUUGAAAUCUGUAGUUCUAAUCUUGAAAUUCUGUAGUUCUAAUCCAAGCUUGCAAUCUCAUUUUGCAUUGAUUAUCUCAUCAUAAUCAGAAAUUUUAUCAUUAAAUGUUAGGACUAAAAUCAAGACCUAGUAACUUGUCUGAGAGCUGUAAAACUGAACAUUACCUAUUUUGUUGUUGUCUGAAAAUUUUUAUUGAGCCCUCCCUAAUUAUUUUUGUCUGAAGUCUGUUGUAGGUACUUCUA